GCGAGUUUUGUGUACAAAUUGUACAAUAAUAAAGCCUUCGGUUACCAAGCAAAGCAUACAAAACUGCGUAGUUAUGGGUAGCAGAAACGAUGGUGCUAAUAAUGAAACAAGAGAACUGGAUAGCUCAGAUGAAGAAACCCCAAUAAAUCCGGAGGUCCGUAUCCUGUCCCGAAUCUUUGGUGUCCACCGAGCAAGUGUGGCAUCUAUGCCAGGGACUAGUGGCGCAAGUCACCUAGUGAGCCCGUUGCCGAAUACGCGUCGCACGCCACGAGAGCGCGACCGUCUCUUCUGGACACUUCUUGGCAACUCUAGCAGGCUGCCACCCAAUGUCAGGUGUCGAAGCGGGCCUCCGCCCCGCGGGCCGCGACCCACGACCUUCGCCGACUUGUUGGAGCCCGACCGACGUUCACGCAUCGCGCUCACACGCCACGCUUCUCCCUCAGGUAGCGGCUACCAACCCAACGCGAGCCACCUGUCAAGUCUGCACUGCUCUUUGCGCAACUUACUGCGCAAGCGGCCCUACACGAGCAGCGGCAAUGUAACGGGUCCAAGCUCAAGACCGGUGUUGGUCCUGCGCGCAGCCCCGGAGUCAAGCCGCGGCGACGAUGAGUCCGAUGGCAGAGGCCGCAUCGACCGUGACCGUGACCGGAGUGACCGUGACCGCGACCGUGACCGCAGCGCUCGGGAACAUGAGGAGCGUCAUCACGACCCGGAGCCUAUUGACCUUGAUGACAUUGAAGCCGGGCUUUGA